CUGUUUUUCAUCGCCGGUUACGACACGACGGCAUCGCUUCUCUCAUAUCUCUUGUAUUCGUUGGCUUUGAAUGAAAAAUGUCAGCAAAAACUAUACGAAGAGGUAAAGGGUUUUCACGGAGACUAUGAUUACGAGAGUAUAUCUAAAAUGCCGUAUUUGGAGGCCUGUGUCGCCGAAACACUCCGACUUUAUAAUCCUGUGCCACAAAUCGGACGAAUGGCUUCACAGGAAUAUACUAUUGGCGACACUGGAUUAAAGAUACCCAAAGGCAUGAUUGUUAACCUAGACGUCCAGACCCUACACCACAGCCCCGAUUACUACCCCGAUCCGGAUCGUUGGGACCCUGAGCGUUUUAUGCCCGAAAAUCGUGACCAAUUAGUGCCGUAUACUUAUAUGCCGUUCGGAAUGGGACCCCGAAAUUGUGUGGGAAUGAGGUUUGCCUUAAUGGAGGCCAAGACAGCGGCCGCUCAUUUGGUCAACAAAUUUAUAUUCAUCAAAACGGCCGAAACUAAAGCACUCACUAAUGAUAUGAUCAAAAACACAUUUGUGGGAUCACAACCACAACUAACAGUAGCCGAUCCAGAAUUAGUGAAGAAUAUUAUGAUCAAAGACUUUCACCUAUUUGUGAAUCGUAACGAUUUGGCGGCUAUUGAUGAAGUAUUGGAUCAAAUGUUGACUGCGGUUAAAGAUGAUGAAUGGAAACGAUUGCGAUCUAUUAUCCGUAAAAUGUAUGCAAUGGUUGAGCACUGCGUUAAAGGUGUGGACAAAAUGUUGGAAAAGGCGGCGAACGGCGAUCAAGAGAUUGACGUUCGGUCACUAAUGGGUAACUACACUAUGGAUGUGAUCGCCAGCUGUGCCUUCGCUACGAAGACAGACACACAUAACGAUCCGAACAAUCCAUUUGUAGUCAACGCUAAGAAGCUGUUUAGUCAAAGCAUUUGGAGGUCAUUCAUGCUUAUAACUAUGAAACCAGUGAUGAAAUUCUUUAAGAUAUCUAUAUUAGAGCCGACGACCACUGAAUUUUUAAUGAAAGCUAUCACAGAAAUCCUAAAUCAAAGAAAGAAAGACAAGAGUGGACGCCAUCACGACUUUCUGCAACUUGUGAUUAACGCACAGAAAAAUGUGAACGACUUGGAGGACACAGACGACCAAUUGAUGGACGCGGAGGCGCACCACGGGAUGGAUGACAACAGCAAACUAUUAACUAACAAAUCCAAACUGGAAGUAACAGAUUUUGAUAUAUUGGCCAAUAGUUUUCUCUUCUUUUUGGCCGGUUUUGAGACAACUGGUCAUUUGUUGUCACACAUGAGCUAUUUGUUGGCCAUUAAUCCCGAGUGUCAGAAGAAACUGAUGGAAGAGGUGGUGGCAAACACUGACGCCAACGGAAACCUGGAUUACGAGACAAUUAUCCGAUUGCCGUAUUUGGACGCAUGUAUUAGUGAGACCUUAAGAUUCUAUAGUCCGGCGCCGCAAACUAGCCGUGUUGGCAGUGAAGACUACAAAUUAGGCAAUACCGGAAUAACUGUUAAAAAAGGUAUUCAAAUACAGAUUCCUAUUCACGCCAUUCAUCACAACCCGGAAUACUAUCCCAAACCCCAUGACUUCAUUCCCGAUCGGUUUUUACCCGAAAAUCGUGAUAAACUCACGCCCUAUACAUACCUGCCGUUCGGCGCCGGACCGAGAAANUUACCCGAAAAUCGUGAUAAACUCACGCCCUAUACAUACCUGCCGUUCGGCGCCGGACCGAGAAAUUGUGUGGGAAUGAGGUUUGCGUUAAUGGAGGCCAAGUCAGUGAUGGCACACAUUAUCACUAAAUACGAGUUCUUCCGCUCAAAGAGUACUGAAGUACCGCUUAAGAUACCUAAAGGAAAGUUCUCAGCACGUGUUAUCACUGUAGGGAUCAAACAAAGACAAUAA